AUGUCCUCCAAGGUGGCUGACGAGUCUUGGUUCGAUGCAGAGGAGGCUGCGACGAAAUACGUGGCGACGCCCGACAAGCCUGCAGUGAAGACGGCGUUUGCGGCGGCCUCCAGACAGCAGGAGGGCGGGAAGAACGCCGCCUUCAGAGUGGAGUGUGCCCAGGUGCGUCCUUUGGCACAUCCAACGAGGUGUGCCUCGAACGAGGUGAAGGCAGAAGUCCUGCAGCAGGGGGAGGAGCUUCGGGGGCUUGUUAAAAAAGGAGAACUUGCCAAAGGCGCCAUUGUCACGAUCCGACCCGAGCCCUUGCUGAGCGUGUGUAAGAAGCACGGUCUACUGGGUGAUCUCAGGGAGGCAGCGGUGAUGAAGGAGCUAGACGCAAAGGAAGCCAAGGACGACAGACAAACGUCUCGUCGUUUUGUGGUCCGACUUAUCUUCAACCUCGCGACCCUCUACCACAUCUUCAACGAGGAGGACCUUACCGCUGAGGACUGGCUAGGCCUGGCGAACGGGACCUAUGUCAGAACCUGCCUGCUUCAUCGUCUGAAGACGUACGAGGUCAUCGCCGAGGAGGUGCAGUACACGUCCUCUCCGCACUCGGCCAAUGUCCACGACCCACCGAUCUAUGCUCGCAAAGGGCAGAUAGUGUCGGGCGACAUCGUGACGGGUAGCCGGGGGCGAGAUUGGGUACAGCUCGGCGAGGACAAGUUCCUUCCUUUGAAGGUGGACAUGAAGCUGGUCAUGGCACCUUGUGAUGAGGACAAGGGACGCUUCAAGGUAUUGGCAACAACUCGACUUCGCACCAUGAAAAAUGAAACGGGCGGCAGAGUGAGUCGGGGCCUCUACCAAGACGACCGGGUUCAAGGGCAAUGCGUUCCUGCUGUCCUGAAAGGGGCUUGGUCCUGGCAACAAGAAGACUGGUUGCAACUUGCCGGAGAUCCUCCUCACAAGUAUCUCCGCUGGUCAGAUGUGAAACGUUGUGAGGACGCGACGGAUUUCAAGAUUACGGAACCUUUCGCCAAGUACUAUCGUCUGCUUGAUGGAAAGAUGUGCCCGCUGGAUGAGUUGCAUAAGGGCGAGUUCGUGACGGGUUGGAAGGAAGAUGGGCAGUGGGUUGUGAUCAGUGACGGAGCACAUGCCGGGCUCUAUGUUCCGUUGAUCAGGUUGGAGCAUGAGCACGAGGAAGACCAGGUCAGCACACUACUGCACACUGAAGCGGUCGAAUCCAUGCCAAUAGACACGUGCUACUCCGCCUUAGCGAUCACGUGGUGCCUGUAUCGCAGCAGCGGCUGGCAGCUCGAAUACAGAUCCCUCUUCCGGACCUCAUUUUCUAUGGUCUUCAUGAGUCUCCUGAUUCAGUUCGGGCUGCUACAGAUGCUUUUGCAAGUGCGGAUGCUUGCGGAUGCUGGGGGUGAUCCUCAUCCAUGCAUGUAUGGCAUCGGGCAGGCAGACAGCCUGUUUUUCCCCACGGGCUGGAACAAGCCACCGUACCUCGGACUUGGGGGUUUCAAUGUGACAGCCGACAAUCGGGAGACCGACUUCGGCCGCUACGAGCUUCAGGGCGUCACUCGCGACGCUCUGACACUGGUCUUUGAGCACAUGAAGUUCUUUCUCAGCGACUCGGAACAAGAGCAAGUCCAAAGUGCUGUCGCAGCGCUAGAUCCGGCAGCAGACGGCAAGGUCUAUGGAGUCGAGACUCACGUGUUUCGGUUUCUCGCGAUCUUUCUGCUGGUCGUGCAGGGCUGCCGCGAUUUCUGGAGUUGCUUGAUCCACUUCUAUCUGCUGCCUGGCACUGCCCUUGGUGUAGGUUCAGCCUCGUGGAUUCAGAUGGAUCGAGGGCAGGCCUCGGCAAAGUUCGUCGGCUACGCCAAGUCUGACUGCGUUUUGCUUUUCGUUGUUGGCAUUUUAGCAGUCUUAAUUGGUUGUGUUACGGUCUGGUUUGGGGUUGACUUGUUGGUGGGACUCACAACCGUAGAAGAUCUCCUCUUGAACUGCUUGGCCGUGUCUUUCAUUCUGGAAGUGGAUGAGAUCGUGUUCAGCAGCUUCGCCCCCACUGAUCUCGUUAUCAUGUUGCAGAAUGUGGACUUCGAUUUGUACCGCCAUGCGAAGAUAUGGAAGGAUGUUCACUGUUUCCGAAAAUGCCCAUACAUCCCGCGAUGGAUCUUCCCCAUCGUGGUGCCGGCGGUUGCAAGUCUGGGCUGCUAUUAUAUCAGUAUUACAAUGCAUUGCACGUUCGAUUCGAGUCUGCAAAGGUAUGUCUCAAUACUGAACGAUGAGACGUAA